CAACUUAAAGUUAAGGAAUCUGUGUUUGAUAACACUAAUACUAAUGAAGCUACAGCCCGAGAGUUUAUUUCGGUCAUUUUGGUCAAUGCAAUCUAUUUUUUCAAAAAAAAUAUUGAUAAUACAGCAACGUUAAUGGUGGAAAGACAACUUUUAGGAAGUCACGGUUACGGACCUUUGGACUAUGUAGUAAUGAUACAAAAAUUUUUUCUCUUAAUAACGGAGGCCAAACCGAACGAACCCGGGAAGGGCAUCGCCCAAAAUCUGGCACAAAUAGAUAGUGCGUACGAGAUGUUAGGAAAACGAAAAUUUGGCCAAACAGAUAUUGAAUACGAAUCCAUGGAAACAAUGCCAAUAAUUGGCAUCGUAACAACUGGAAGACAGUGGAUUUUCAUCCGCCAUACUUGUCAAGCUGGAUCUAGACGACUUGAGGUGUCUAAAACAAUUGAAUGUAAACUUACAGGAAAUAAUGUGAAGGACGAUAUAAAUGUAGUGGUUUCUUAUGUUGUGCGACUGUUAAAAGCACUAGUUGGAGAAUUAGAGCAACGAAAAUCAAAACGUUCACGUAUGG